GUAGGUACCUACCUGAUGUGCCUACAGGUACCCACCGAAUGCAGACCUGCAUCUGUGGCGUAUUCUCCAACUUCGGUUUAGUUCAUAUAACCCUUAACAGGCCAUCCUUUCGCCAUCUUCGAUAGUGAUAUUUCAUUAGCAGAAGCGGACCAGAUUGGGGUCUGCCGCUUAGUUUCGGGCUUACCAGGCAUUCGGUAUGAUAAUCUGACCAUCUCGACUUUGUCAUCCACCGAAAAGCGGCGCUCCGACGGACGGAUAUCUGGGUCGGCUGCGAGGGAGAUGGAAGCAAAGUCAUCCAAAGACCAAGAGCGGUAUCAGCUUCUCCCCAGCGUCGGAUGAAUCAGCCAUGGCGAAUCAGAGGUAUGUGGUAGUCGGCGCCGGUCCCGUAGGGUCUCUGGCUGCGCUCUAUGCGGCCAAGAGGGGCCACGAUGUCGAGAUCUACGAGCUUCGAAGUGAUCUUCGAGAUCCCUCAACGACGCCGCUGAACUUCACCAAGUCUAUCAACCUCGCCCUGUCCGAGAGGGGCAUCAAUGCUAUGCGGCAUGCGGACCAAGGACUCCUCGACCGCGUCUUGGCCGCGACCAUCCCCAUGCGAGGCAGGAUGAUCCACGGCAGGCGCCCGUCAGGCGAGCUGUAUGAGGAGCCUCAGGAUUACGAUAUUCACGGAAGGACGAUUUUCGCCGCUGACAGGGCCGACCUCAACAAGCAGCUGCUGGACACUCUCGAGGCGAUGCCGAACGUCAAGUUCUUCUUCAACCACAAGCUCACCGGGGCCGACUUCAAGCAGCGCCGAGCCUGGUUCGAGGUCCAACACCCAGACUCUUCUGACCCGACAGAGGAGGUCGAAGCCACAUUCGAUUUCAUGAUAGGCGCCGACGGGGCUCAUUCCGCCGUACGAUACCACCUCAUGAAGUACACGAGGAUGAACUAUCAGCAAGAGUACAUCGACACGCUGUGGUGCGAAUUUCAGAUCGAGCCACAUGAUGGGAGCGACCAGAAAUCCAAGUUCCGAAUAUCUCCCAACCACCUUCAUAUUUGGCCGGGCAAGCAGUUUAUGUUCAUCGCCAUCCCCAGUCAGGACGGCUCUUUCACCUGCACCCUGUUUCUGCCGGGCGCCGAGGUCUCGAGGUUGGAGGCAGACUCAUCCAAGGUGCCGGCGUUUUUCGACCAGCAUUUCCCCGGCGUGACAUCGCUCAUCGAGCCAGACGAGCUCGUCUCUUCGUUCGAGUCGAAUCCGCACCUGCCCCUGAUUAGCAUCAAGUGCCAGCCGUACCACUUCUCGCACUCUGCCGUCAUCGUGGGGGACGCAGCACACGCGAUGGUCCCUUUCUACGGGCAGGGCAUGAACGCCGGGUUCGAGGACGUGCGCAUACUCUUCUCGAUCCUGGACAAGCACGCGGCCGGCGAGAGCAACCGGCCGGACGGCGCCGAGCACUCGGCGGACGUGGCCUUCCGGCGGAGCUCCGCGCUCGCCGAGUACUCGGCGCUCCGCACCGUCGACGCCCACGCCAUCAACGACCUCGCGCUGCAGAACUACGUCGAGAUGCGCGCCUCCGUCCUGAGCCCGGCGUACCGCCUGCGCAAGUUCCUCGAGGAGUUCCUCUCCGUCCACGUGCCGCGCCUCGGCUGGCAGACCAAGUACUCGCGCGUGAGCUUCGGCAACGAGCGGUAUUCUGAAGUCGUCGCCAAGAGCGACCACCAGGGAAGAGUCCUGGUUCGCGGCUUCGUCGCGGCGCUGUGCGGCCCCGUGCUCGCGGGCGUUCUGGGCCUGUACUGGACCCGACGCCGGGCUUGGGGCGGCAUACCUCUCUUCAACGCCGUUCGGAAACUAGCGAAGUGAGCCCACGCGGCGUUGGUAAGAGGGAAGAUAGGCAGAGCGGCCGUGAAUUAGGCUCUGGAACUGGGCUUUGAUGUGCUUGGGAGCAGAUAACCAUAGUUGGUGGCUCAUGCCAUCCGCAGUGCUGCUUCUGGUCCACUGCUAUGCGUGCUCUCCCAUUUCCUCGUAAGGCGGGGGGACGGCAUACGUUCGUUCGGCCGGCGUCACGACUCCUAGGGGUAAAUGGAACACGGGAACUGGAAAACAGGGGCGGGUAAGGAACUUUGGGAGGUGCAGAACUGGGCGUAAUCCUCCGCCUGUCGUCGGGAGUGCAUAUGUGUACCUACUCGUUUCACAGCAUGAUGUAAGAAUGGCGGGUGAUACCCUGCUCCUAUUCGUUGCAAGUGAGAAACGAGGCUCCGGUAGCCUCUAUGAACCGCGCAAAUAGUGAUGA